AACAUUGAAGAAGAAAAAGAGAAACAUUUGAACGAGAGAAAUACUUACGAUCUGCAUUGAACUUCAAAUAAAAUUACACAAUUCAUUUUGAGUAAAGCGUUUACAUACUCAAUCAAAUUAUUAAAUAAAAUUUCACUUGUAUUACAAUUUUCAUAUAUUUGGUUUUUGCAAUUUAUACAAUCAAGAGUAGCUAUUAAAAUCAAAGGAGCCCUCCUUCAGAUUCCUUUACUGCCGCGGUUUUUUGCAAGGAUGUUGGUAUUUCCACAAAGAUGUCUGAAACUACUAAAACUACAACUGAGAUACGGCACUCCAAGGGGUGUACGCUACAUACAAAGUGGAACAGGUGACUGUCCAUCGGUGGAAGUGAAAUUUUCAAAUGGACGCAACAUGACUAUGAGUUCCGGAAAAUAUGCACGGUUUGCUAAUGGAACCUCUGUUUGUCAAAUGGGAGACACAGCCGUAAUGGUAACGGCGGUAGCCAAACCAAAACAAGCGCCCGGUGCAAGUUUCAUGCCGCUCGUUGUGGAUUAUCGCUUAAAGAGCGCUGCAUCUGGACGCAUACCAAUGAAUUUCAUGCGUCGCGAACUGGGUCCUUCAGAAAAGGAGAUACUCUCAGCACGUCUCAUAGAUCGCUCAUUGCGACCACUUUUUCCUGCAGAUUUCCGCACGGAGACACAACUUGUGUGCAAUAUGCUAUCAAUGGAUUCAGUGUAUUCACCUGAUGUAUUAGCCAUAAAUUCCGCUUCAGUAGCUUUAAGUCUAAGUGACAUACCUUGGAACGGGCCAAUUGGCGCAGUGCGUGUGGGACUCUGUGACGGAGAAGUAAUAAUCAACCCCACAAGGCGUGAACUCCAAACAUCACAACUCGACUUGGUGGUGUCUGCAACAAAACAAAAUCUAGUGGUCAUGUUAGAAGGUAAAGGCAACGUUGUGUUAAUGCAAGAUCUGCUCAAAGCAAUAAAGCAAGGCACACGGGAGGCGCAAUCCAUUAUUAAUGAAAUUGAACGUUUGCAAAAAGUGUAUGGUAGGAAAAAGCGUGCCGUUGAAGCACCUGUUGUUGUGGACGCCGAAAUCUCUGAGGCUGUGAAGAGCAUGAGUGAAAUGCGUUUGCGUGAGAUCUUCCAGGACGCAACGCAUGACAAAAUAUCGCGUGAUAACGCGGUGAACGAAGUGCGCACAAACGUCAUAGACAAAGUGUGGUCCUCCUACCCCGACACCGAACCUGCGCUAAUUGCCGAAGAAUUCAAUAAAGUUUGCAAAAGUAUUUUCAGAAAUCUGAUAUUUGAGGAGAACAAGCGCUGUGAUGGACGCGACUACGAUAGUUUACGAAACAUAAGUUGUCAGGUGGACCUUUACAAGCCGCUGCAUGGUUCAGCGCUAUUUCAACGCGGGCAGACACAAGUAUUUUGCACUGUUGCGUUAGAUUCACACGAGAGUGCCAUGAAGUUAGAUGCUGUGGCGGCGUUAGAUAGUGGACUGAAAGCCAAAAAUUUCAUGUUGCACUACGAGUUCCCGCCAUAUGCCACCGGUGAAGUGGGGCGCAUUGGCCCCAUCGGGCGUCGCGAGCUUGGACAUGGCUCGUUGGCAGAGCGUGGGCUUGUGCCUACGUUACCGCAUAAUUAUCCAUUCACUGUGCGUCUCACCUCUGAGGUGUUGGAGUCAAACGGUUCAAGUUCCAUGGCAUCGGUUUGCGGUGGUUCAAUGGCACUAAUGGAUGCCGGUGUGCCCGUAACUGCGCCAGCUGCCGGUGUUGCAAUUGGGCUGGUUACGAAAUACGAGAAUAACGACACUAAACACAUGUCCGAUUAUCGCAUUUUAACCGACAUUUUGGGCAUUGAGGACUACAUGGGCGACAUGGAUAUGAAGGUGGCGGGCACGCGAAAAGGUUUCACCGCCAUACAGGCGGAUCUGAAAAUACCCGGCAUACCACUGAAAGUUGUAAUGGAGUCUUUGCAGAAAGCGACUGAUGCCAAAGCGCGUAUACUAGAUAUUAUGGGCGAAGUCAUAAGGGAGCAUCGCAAGUACCCCAAGGAGUGUUGGCCCGUGACUGAACGCAUCACUAUCGAACCGCACCAGCGCGGUCAACUUAUCGGCCCCGGUGGCAUUAACCUCAAACGCAUCUACCUCGAAACGGGGGCAACACUCACUGCGGAGGACGAGACAAGCUACACCAUUUUUGCGCCCUCGCAAGCGGCUAUGGACGAGGCGAAGGAGCAAGUAGAUGCGUUGCUUGUGAAAGAACGCAUACCGGACUUGGAGUUCGGCGGCAUUUAUGCGGCGAAAAUCACAGAAAUACGCGACACUGGCGUCAUGGUGAUACUGUAUCCCAGCAUGCCGCCAGCGCUGCUGCACAACUCACAGUUGGACCAAAGAAAGAUUGCACAUCCAUCCGCCUUGGGUUUGGAAGUUGGUCAGGAAAUACAGGUUAAGUAUUUCGGACGUGACCCAGUGUCUGGCUUCAUGCGUUUGUCACGCAAGGUGCUGCAAGGCGCCGCAUCAAGCAUACCGCGUAGUCACAAUAAAACAACGGAGGAGACGUAGUGAACCGUUAUAUUUGUUUACAAUAUAUUUUGGAACUGUACGCCGGUGCUGCCACUUAAAGAAAACGUAACAGCUUUUGUACAUAUAAUAUAUUUUAAAAAUUGAAGUUAUAAACUUUAUUAUAAACAUCGACCACA